CACGAACAAACAACAACAACAUGGAAGGUGAGGAGAUCAAAGUCGACCCUCAAGAUGAUUACGAUCUCUCGAGACCAUUGACGGCCACUACUGGAUUACGGCAAGGACUUACAUCAUAUGGCGAUGCACACUUCUCCUUGUUCUUACGGAAAGUCUUCAUCAAGGCAGCUGGAUAUGGAGAGGAUGCUCUAUCAAGGCCAAUCAUUGGAAUUAUCAACACACACUCCGGCUUCAACCCUUGCCAUGCCAAUGUUCCGCAACUGAUGGAAGCCGUCAAGCGAGGCAUACACCUUCAUGGAGGCCUUGCUAUCGACUUUCCCACCAUCAGCAUUCAUGAAGCCUUCGCAUCACCUACGAGCAUGUACCUUAGAAAUCUCAUGAGUAUGGACACCGAGGAGAUGAUUAAGGCACAGCCUCUGGACGCUGUCGUGGCAAUAGGAGGCUGCGAUAAGACUGUACCAGCGCAACUGAUGGGAGGUAUAUCGGCAAACAAGCCGAUAUUACCCCUUGUGACUGGUCCAAUGAUGCCAGGAUCUCAUAGAGGUACCCGUGUAGGUGCGUGUACGGAUUGCCGAAGCAAUUGGGCUGCCUACAGAGCGGGUGAGAUUGACAUGGAAGACAUCGCUGCUGUCAAUGAUGAGCUCGCACCCACUUCAGGAACGUGUGGUGUGAUGGGAACAGCGAGCACCAUGGCCUGUGUGACUGUGGCCCUCGGACUUAUGCCCUUUGAUGGCGCAUCUGCGGCUGCAGUCUCCUCAGCUCGCCUAAGAAUUGCAGAACAGACCGGCUCAAACGCAGUCGCGGCGGCAGCCGCCCAAAGAUCUCCACAAUCGAUACUUACUAAGGAAUCGUUCCUCAAUGCCAUUACUGUGCUCCAGGCUAUCGGAGGGUCAACCAACGCCGUAGUUCAUCUUAUGGCCAUUGUAAAUCGACAUCCGCAAGUCGCUGGCUCAAUCACUUUGGAAACGUUUGACGAAGUUGGAAGAAAGACGCCGCUCCUCGUUGACCUCAAACCAAGCGGUGAUAAUUAUAUGACAGAUUUCCAUAAUGCUGGCGGCAUGCUAGCUUUGCUGCACACACUCAAGCCGCUAUUACACCUGGAAGCAAGAACAAUCCAUGGCAAGACUCUUGGAGAGGAACUUGAAGCCACCCCAUUCAAGCCUUUCAAGUAUUCGAGCGACCUAAUCAGACCGCUCUCGAACCCUCUGUAUGCUGAAUCUGCGCUUGUAGUUCUGCGAGGCAAUCUUGCUCCUCGAGGAGCAGUCAUGAAAGCAGCUGCGUCGAAAGAGAGACGUCUACUAAGCCAUACAGGUCGUGCUGUGGUCUUCAAGAACACGGCUGAUAUGGCGCUGCGCAUUGAUGACCCAGAUCUACCAGUGACGAAAGACUCUGUAUUGAUAUUGCAAGGCGUCGGACCUGUCGGAAAUCCUGGUAUGCCAGAAGCGGGAGUCAUCCCAAUACCUCGCAAGCUAGGCGCUCAAGGCGUCAAAGACAUGUUACGCAUGUCAGACGGGAGAAUGUCUGGCACAGCUGGUGGCACGAUCGUGCUGCAUAUUUCCCCAGAGUCUGCGCAGCCAGAUUCGGUAUUUGGAUGUGUUGAGGAUGGUGACUUGAUCGAAUGCGACGUUGAGAAGAGGCUUCUUCGGUUGCAUGUCUCGGACGAAGAGAUCGCAAGACGAAUUGCAGUGCGAACAGCAGCUAAGAAGAAGGAAGACUUUACGACGAAGAGAAUCCGUGGCAAGCAGCGUGGAUAUCGUGGUCUCUACGAGCGAAGCGUAAACCAAGCUGAGGAAGGUGCCGACUUCGAUUUCCUCACUGCCCUUGGUCCUGCCUAGCUCAUACAUGAAUCAUGAUUUGACGAGCGCAGUAUAUCGAAUGUCACUUCAUAGUCUCAUUGGUAUUCACAAUUUUCCGUGCAUUACCUCAACGUCCACACAUGGUGUUGGAGUAUCUUUAAUUCCCAUGGCUUGAAGGUAUGCCACGCUGUGUAGUGCUGAUACUGAUGUUCCUGUGAUCAUGGGAGUCUCGGUAAUUCCACAUAUAACUUCAGACACAUGAAGAGCUUCAGACUUCUCUCCAAUAGGUGCCAUCGAUUUGUAAAUGACAUGUUGGGGUGUUGGCAAAAGAAGAUGAAGAG